AUGGCAGCGGCAGCAGCUGCACCCAAACCCGUGAUUUCCCUCCAUCCUCCAUGGAUCACCUUCUUCAAAGGAGAGGCAGUGACUCUGACUUGCAUUGCACCUCGCGUCCACGCAGCAGGGAACAUAAAAUGGUACCGGUGGUACCUCGGCACAGAAAUGCUAUGUGAGACCCCAGGAAACACCCUCGAGGCCCGUGUCUCUGGAAGGUACAAAUGCCAGACCCAGGACUCACCGCUAAGUGACGACGUGAGCUUGAUCUUUUCUUCAGGAUCGCUCAUCCUUCAGGCUCCACACUCCGUGUUUGAAGGUGACACGCUCCUUCUGAGAUGCCAGGUGAAGGGGAGAGAGAAACUGGGCACUGUGAAAUACUGCUGGAAUGGGCAAGUUAUCUCUACCUCUGAUAAAGGCCAGGAUCUUUUGAUACCACAAGCAAGUUUGAACAACAGCGGCCAUUACCAAUGCAUUGGAUUUCUGGAGAGAAAUCAGCACACCUAUAGGUCAAAUAAGAGAAUUAUUAAAAUUCAAGAACUAUUUCCACGUCCAAAGCUGGAAGUCACACCCCCCCAGCCUAUGGAGGGCGGCUCAGCAAACCUGAGCUGUCAGACACGGCUGCCCCUCGAGCGGCCGGAUGCUCUGCUGUCCUUCAUCUUCUUCAGGGACCGCGGGGUCAUGCUAUCCAACUGGAGCAGGUCCCCGGAACUCCAGAUCACAGCCAUCUGGAGAGAGGACUCGGGGUCCUAUUGGUGUGCAGCCGCAGCUGGGGUCCCCAGCAUCCGCAAACACAGCCUCCCGAUGCAGGUCCACGUGCAGGGCGUCCCGGUGUCGGCAGUGCUCCUGGAGACCCAGCCCCAGGGGGGACAGGUGCUUGCAGGGGAGCGUCUGGUCCUCGUCUGCUCCGUGGCUGAAGGCACAGGGGACACCACGUUCUUCUGGCACAGAGAGGACACGGGGGAGAGUGUGGGGAGCAAGCGCCAGCGUUCCCGGAGAGCAGAGCUGGAGAUCCCUGCCGUCGGGGAGAGCCAUGCGGGUGGCUACUACUGCGUGGCGGACAAUGGCCACGGCCUGGCCCGCAGCGGGGCCCUGAACGUCACCGUCACAGGCACUCCGGGGAACAGAAGCGGCCUUGUUGCUGUGGGAGCCACUGGGGGGCUGCUCAGCAUUCUUCUCCUGGCGGUGGCCCUGUGGAUUUGCCACCAGCACCAGUGGAAGUCAGGAGAUGGUUUUCUGGGAAACACAGCCAGGAGCCCUCCCGCCCCAGGCCAAGGAAAGUCGCCCCGUGCCGGGUGCCCUGCCCCAGUGGAACUGCAGCGGUUAUAUGACAAUGGGCACCCCGGAGAGGGAGGCUUGGUGUAUUCUGAGAUCCAGAUUAUUCAGCUGGGACAAGAAGCGGCCGCCAGCACAUCCAGAACAUCUCUAGAGGACAAGUUCUUCUUCUAA